AUGCAUGACAAAGGCAAACAAAAGCAUGAUGAGAUUGAUUUUAAUGAAAAGAACCAACCGAUAGGACAAGAAUCAGUGCACUUAUCAACCUUAGAAGGGAUCUUAGCUCGGGAGAUGGUGCCAAUUAAUAUAGAUUAUUGGUCUAAAGUUCCAGAUGAGAUUAAGGAUAAGUUAUGGGCUUGUGUGAAGUCUGAAUUAUCAAGAAAAGUAAGAACUCUCGCUGCAGUAGGUAAAGGUCAUUUAGCACGUAAUAUUGUCCUCACCAAACCUGAUAAGAUUGGAAUGGAUGAAUGGAAGGCAUUUGUGAAAAAUCGACUUUUAAAAAGCUUCAUUGAAAAGAGUGAAAAAUUCAAAGAGAUGAGAGCAAAGCAGAAGGUGUUACACACAAUGAGUAGAAAAGGCUAUGCACGAUUGGAGGAAGACAUGAAAAAUCAAAGCCAAGGCCCAGAUUCCAUAUCUAGAGUGGAUGUUUGGAUCAAAGGAUAUACAAGACAGAAGGGAAAACUUGUCAAUGAAGUGCUUUAG